AUGCCACUCAUGUUGAUGCCGAAUUUGCUGCAGCUGCUGCAGCUGCUGCUGCUGCUGCAGCAGCAGCUGCUGCUGCUGCCUAGUGGAGAGCACAGGCCUUGUGGGGCCGGCUGUGGCCCUCAGACGCUGCAGCACAGUGAGGGCAGCAGCAGCAGCAGAAAGGCAUGCAGCAGCAGCAGGAAGGCAUGCAGCAGCAGCAGGCGCAGAAGCAGCAGCCUCACAAAGCCCGCAGCAGCAGCAACAGGCCCCGCAAAGCCAGCAGCAGCAGCAGCAGCAGCAGCAGCAGCACGAACAGGCAGCAGCAAAGAAGAACAGCAGCAAAUAAGACAGGCUGUUGGUACACCUGUGGCAAGCGGUGACUCCAGCAGCAGCUAA